AUGGAGAAGCCAGAUAUCGUGGAGUCUCCGCGCAAGCGACAAAAGACAGAAGAUGCAGGCCCGGCUGAGGUCGCUGUCAUCGUUAAUGACGCAAUUGAGACCGCCAGCACCGCGGUCUCAGAUGCGCAGGCUCUGAAGGAAGUUGAGGUUGGAAUCACGGAGUUUGUGAGCAACGACACUGAGGGAUUCUCAGGUAUCCUGAAAAAGAGGUACACAGAUUUCAUGGUCAAUGAGAUCACGACCACCGGCGAAGUUGUUCACCUCCGAAGCAUUGGUACGCCCAGCAAGCCCGCGUCUACUACGACAGAGCCUACUACGUCUGUGCCGAAACCCUCCGAGGUGGAAACCCAGGCUACGGAGAAAACUGAGGCUACCCCGGCCAAGAAGGUGGAAACACCAGCUGAGUUCAAGGUUUCGGAGGAGGAUCACACUCUUCUAGAGGAAUACUUUGGUCCUCAAAAUGCGGCUGAAAUAAUCGCGCUCCACAAGGUCGCUAUGGCUAAGCCAAAGGGUCGGCCGAGUGAAUUUGGACAAGUCACUGUCGCCGUGUCUGACCGCGACCUUCGCACUAAGAUGCACCAGGCCAUCCGUCGCAUUUUCAACUCUCAGCUAGAGUCUAGUACCGACGCAGAGGGAAAUUUGUCAAUCACCGCGGCGAAUAAUCGUUUCAAGCGCGGUGCGACAGGAGAACUAUCCAACGGCCGGGCCCACGGCCACCGAACAAACUGGGAAGAACUCGGUGGGCAAUACCUGCAUUUCACCAUCUACAAGGAGAACAAGGACACAAUGGAAGUCAUUGGCUUUAUCUCCCGCUCGUUAAAGGUGAACCCCAAGUCUUUACAAUUCGCUGGAACCAAGGAUAGGCGGGGUGUGACCGCGCAGCGUGCCUGUGCUGUGCGCGUUCACGUCGACCGGCUUGCACGAGUGAACUCUGAACUUCGCAAUGCUUUCAUUGGAGACUUCGAGUAUCGCAAGCAAGGCCUCGAACUUGGUGAUUUGCAGGGCAAUGAGUUCAUUGUUACUCUGCGUGACGUUGAAAUUCCCGGCGUGAGCCUGAGUGAUCCUCAGGCUGCGAUUUCCAAGGCAUCCGAAGUCGUCGGUACAUCCUUGAAGAACCUCUAUCAACGAGGAUACUUCAACUACUACGGUCUCCAGCGAUUCGGAACUUUCGCAACCCGAACGGACACAAUCGGUGUCAAGAUGCUGCAGGGAGAUUUCCAGGGCGCAUGUGAUGCUAUUCUGCAGUAUGCCCCUGAAUCCCUUCAGGCGGCAAUGGAGGGGAAAAUGUCUACUGCUACCAUUGGCACUGAUGACAAAGAUCGCGCCAUGGCCAUUAAUAUCUUCCAGACCGGCGGUAGCAUCACUGACGCUCUGCAAAAAAUGCCGCGCAAGUUCACCGCUGAAAACAAUAUACUCCGCCACCUCGGCAGGAAUAAAAAGGAUUAUUUGGGUGCGCUGCAGUGUAUCCCCCGGAACCUGCGACUGAUGUAUGUGCACGCAUACCAGUCGCUUGUCUGGAACUUUGCUGCCAGUGAGCGCUGGCGACUUUACGGCGACCGUGUGGUGGAAGGUGAUCUCGUCAUUAUCCAAGAGCACCGCGAGAAGGAAUCUGACUCAGCUGUCGAGGCUGCUGAGACUGUCGAUGCUGACGGUGAAAUUAUUGUUGUUCCUCAGGGCGAGGACAGUGCCGUUGCGGCCGAGGACAUGUUCAUGCGGGCGCGUGCCCUGACUGCCGAGGAGGCAGCCAGUGGCAAAUAUACCAUCUUUGACUUGGUGCUUCCCCAGCCUGGAUAUGACAUUAUCUACCCCGAAAACGAAAUGAAGGAAUUCUAUCGUCGCUUCAUGCAAAGCGAACAAGGUGGUGGCCUUGACCCGUCCAACAUGCGUCGCAAGUGGAAGGACAUCAGCCUUAGCGGCGGCUACCGCAAGGUUUUCAGCCGCAUGGUGGGAGAUAACUACUCUUUCGACGUGAAGCUUUAUUCCAAGGACGAUGAACAGUUCGUUAAGACAGAUAUGCAGAAGUUGAAGCCUGAGGAUAAGAAUGCCAAUGCCACCAUGACCGAUGAGACCGCUGCUGAUAAGAUGGCUGUUGUCCUGAAAUUCCAACUGGGUUCAAGCCAGUAUGCCACCAUGGCUCUUCGUGAAUUGACACACGGAAAGGCCACAGCCCACAAGCCUGACUACGGUGGUGGAAGAUAA